AGAAGCAGUUAUAAAAUGAUUUGAUGGAAUAGUGGAAUUUGUAAGCGUUCCACACCUCCUGCCUAGGUGGCGCCAGCAGGAAUAAUGAGGAUUAUAUCCAGAUACUGAGGCACCUCUUCGUUAGUCACCAUAUUUCGAUUGCUUAGAAUUCGGAUCAGCUCCAGCGCAACAUCUUUUAAGAAACAGAUCCGUUGUGCAGACUUGAUACCCUGUGAAUUUAUGACUCGGUGACGUUUUUCCGGCAGAGAUUAAGCAGACGUCUAACUUGGUCUGUGUAUGUCGUGAUCAUCUGCCUCUGUUUGCGACAGUGAUGGAAGUUUAGUGUUGGCUGUGGACGGUGGAUGGAGUGAGUUAUGAAGAUCAGACUUUUCUAACACGGGAUCAGCCCUUCUCCCCCUAAGCCUAGUGAGGAUGUUUCCAGGUCUUGCCCGGAGACAGUGGCAUGUAUUCUGUCAGUUCUAUUUGCAGAAGCAUGCCACUCGAAUCUGCCAGCCUUGCCAUGGGUGGCGAAACAGUAAAAAUGUCAGAAGCCUCUGGUUUAGUUUUCCUGACAGCUGGGAAUCUAUAUUAGCAAAAAAACAAGUACAUUUUUUUUCCACGUCUGGCACACCGAAGGAUGGAUCUUUUCUGUCUGGGCCAGACAAACUGGCUGCACAGCCUGCAAACGAGCCAACAGGACAAGGAACGUCAAACUCGGGAGGUAUUGCAAAAGAAACAAUCCAAGUGAAAGUCAGAGCAGUCCUGAAGAAGAGGGACUAUGGUUCUAAAUACACUCAGAACAACUUCAUCACUGCCGUCAGGGCCAUGAAUGAGUUCUGCCUCAAAUCCAGUGAUCUAGAACAGCUAAGAAAGAUCCGCCGAAGGAGCCCACAUGACGACACAGAAGCUUUUACAGUGUUCCUGCGCUCUGAUGUGGAAGCCAAAGCUUUAGAGGUGUGGGGAAGUCUAGAGGCACUAGCCAGAGAGCGCAAACUCAGAAAGGAAGUGGAGAGAGAGUUUAAAGAAAAUUUGUUCCGAAAUCAGAAGUUGCUGGAAGAAUAUAAAGAUUUUUUCGGCAACACUAAGCCACGCUCAGGCAAGCGGGCCACAUUUUUGCAAGGACCAGGAAAGGUGGUGAUGGUGGCAAUUUGCAUCAAUGGACUGAAUUUUUUCUUUAAACUCCUUGCUUGGGUUUACACUGGAUCAGCUAGCAUGUUUUCAGAGGCCAUUCACUCUCUGGCAGACACCUGCAACCAGGCUCUACUUGCUUUGGGCAUUAGUCAGUCUGUCAAGAACCCUGAUGCUGUCCAUCCAUAUGGAUUUUCCAACAUGCGCUACAUAGCUUCACUCAUCAGUGGUGUUGGCAUCUUCAUGAUGGGAGCUGGAUUGUCGUGGUACCAUGGUGUCAUUGGUUUGCUUCACCCUCAGCCAAUUGAGUCUCUGCUUUGGGCAUACUGCAUUCUGGCAGGGUCUCUGGUUUCUGAGGGAGCAACGCUGUUGGUGGCUGUCAAUGAAAUCAGAAAAGGCGCUCAGUUACGUGGGGUGUCAUUUUACGAGUAUGUAUUGCAGAGCCGGGACCCAAGUACCAAUGUUGUGCUUUUGGAGGAUGCUGCUGCUGUCCUGGGAGUUAUAUUAGCUGCUGGUUGUAUGGGACUCACAUCUCUAACAGGGAAUCCAUACUAUGACAGCCUGGGCUCGCUGGGUGUGGGCACCCUUCUGGGAACUGUGUCUGCCUUCCUGAUAUACACAAACACUGAAGCCCUGCUGGGGAGGUCCAUCCAGGCAGAACAGGUGCAGAAACUCACCGAAUUCCUGGAAAGUGAUCCAGCUGUAAGGGCUAUCCAUGAUGUGAAAGCUACAGAUAUGGGUUUAAGCAAAGUACGCUUCAAGGCAGAAGUGGAUUUUGAUGGGAGAGUCGUUACCAGGUCUUAUCUGGAGAAGCAAGAUAUUGAACAAAUAUUACAGGAUAUACAGCAGGUAAAGAGCCCAGAGGAGCUGGAAAACUUCAUGUUGAAACAUGGGGAGAAUAUUAUUGACACACUGGGAGCCGAGGUUGACAGACUUGAAAAGGAGCUGAAGCAACGCAAUCCAGAAGUUCGGCACGUGGACCUGGAGAUCCUAUAAAGCUGUGACGAGAGAAUAUAAAGGAACCAUCUGGAGUAGAAUACUCAGACACCACAGAAGGGUGCACUAAAGAAUUAAAUUGCAAUUUUCUGAACAACCAUAAUGUGUUAUUUAAGUGAUAUGAAGCUUUAUACUCAAACACCCCAAAAAUGACUUUAGUGUUUGGCAAUAAACCACUCCAUGUUUUUUUCUGUUUAUACACUGACUACGGCAUGUCAGUGCUCCUUCCAUUCAGUAGGAAACAUCGGGGAAGAUUUUUUCCUUUUCCUACUGUGAUAGUAGAGUUCUCCUGGUAAAUCUCAAUUUUUCUUUCAGAAACAUUUAUGAAAUAAAUUAAACAGUUCUGUUCUGUAAACUAUUAGUUUAAACAUUAUGAAAAUUAACAGCUGUGCAGAAAUUAUGAAGCUGUGUUUUAGUUGACUGAUCUAAUUAAAUCAUUUUAAUAAGCAUGCAAAUAAAAUUGUCUGCUAAA